AUGCCUAGACGCGAUCCAGACGAAGAAUAUACUAUACUUGAGAAACUCGGUACAGGAUCUUUUGGAACCGUUUACAAGGCCAUAAAUAAUGAUACCAAGAAAGUGGUUGCCAUCAAACAAAUUGAUUUAGAAGAUUCUGACGAUGAUAUUAGUGAGAUACAACAAGAAAUCGCAGUGUUAUCACAAUGCGACUCACAAUAUAUCACUUGUUACUAUGGCUCUAAUUCUUUACAGCUUAAACCUGGUCCAUUUGAUGAAAGUCAUAUUGCUAUUGUCCUUCGUGAACUUUUACAUGCUGCCAAUGUUUUGCUUUCUGAUGAAGGAAAAGUAAAACUAGCCGAUUUUGGUGUCGCUGCUCAACUUUCAAAUAAUAAGAGCAGGCGAAACACGUUUGUUGGAACCCCCGCAGAUAUUUGGUCUCUUGGAAUUACUGCAAUUGAAAUGGCCAGGGGUGAACCUCCAUUGUCAGAAUAUCAUCCAAUGCGUGUUCUAUUUUUAAUCCCAAAAGCAAGGCCUCCGGUACUAGAAGGAAAUUUUUCCAGUGCAUUCAAGGAUUUUGUUAGUUUAUGUGUGAUGAAGAAUCCUAAUGAUCGACCAACUGCCAAGGAUUUAUUGCGACAUCGUUUUAUAAAAUCUGCUCGUAAUACUACAUUGUUACAAGAAUUGAUUGAACGAUAUAGUAAUUGGAAAUCUAGUGGCAGAGAAAGAGCCGAAUCUACCUCUCAAAAAACAACUGGGGCUAUUAAUUACGAUACAUCAAGCAUUAUUUGGGAUUUUGGCACAAUAAGAAAAGUACAUCAAGAUGGCACUAUUCGAUUGGACCAUAUGACAUUUAAAGAAAUGAGAAGAUUGGAGUGUAGUUCAUCUGCUUCAGCCUCAAACAAUGCUACUGUUAAAUUAUCCGACUUUCCGCGUGGGAACGUUGAAGUUAAUGCAUUAGGUAUCACAGAGGUACAAGUUGAACAAGCAACUACAAAUAAUAAUAGCAAUGGCACAACGAAUUCUAUUAAUAUGAUGAAUGGAGAACCAUUUAGUAUCACUGAUGCUUCUCUUUCAAGGCUCUCUAGAAAUAUUUCAAUCGUUGAUCCAGUAACAGAAGAAGGGGUCGUUGGAAGACAACUCGUCAAUGACAUUAUCCUUCCAUCCGUUGCAAAGAUCAAAUCAAAUGAUCUGAGAGCGAAUGAAAUUGAAGCCAUGAGUAUAUUUGAAAAAGGUGUUGAGGAGCUUGAUCGUGUUAAUCCUGACUUGGUUCUUACAACAUUAGUAGAAAUAUUAAGCCGGUUAAAAACCAAUGUUGAAUUAUGUGACAAAUUAUCUGAUCUGGGUGUUGUUUCUGAUGCAUUUUUAACAACUCCAGAAUUAGUACUAGACGCAUCUUCGUCAUCUUCAUCCGAUCAAAAUUCAUCUAAAAAUUCGGCUGAUGUACCCGUAGAAGAGAAACCACCAAAGUCACCAAUCUCUGAAAUAUUAUAUAUCAGAUGGAUUGAACAAUUAAGAAUAAAGUGGCCUAUAAGUUUUGGAUCUAGUGGGUCAUAA